UCUCUUCCCUCCCACACCAUUUCUCUCUCUACCUUCCCUCGAUCUCUCUUUCUCUCGCUACCCUCGCUCAUUCUUUCUGCUGAACUGAUAGUGGCUAUGUGAAAUACAUUUGAUUAGAAUUUUUCCUUUUCUCUUUUGAAUGGAUUGAGUACUCUUGAAGUUAUUUAAAAUCUAUUUUUAUGAUUCUUUAUUUGCUAAAUUAGUGCUUGUUCAUGUGAAACAUAACAGAUUAUGGUGUCUUCUACUAUACCUGAAAUGGUGGAGUUUGGUUGUGUAGUAUAAUUUUUACACUAACACAGGUUUAUCAUAGCUGAAAUUUAUGGGUUAAACUUAUUCUAUCAAUACUUGUUCAUGGGGAAAAUGUGUCAUAUGGAGAAGCAUUUUUUUGAAUCAAUGGUUGUAGGUUACUUGUGGUUGGGUUGCAUAUAUGAUAGGAUUUGUCGUGUAGUUUUUUAUGAAUGAUGCAAUUUUUUGACUCGGAGAUGUAGCUAUCAUUCUAUCUUGGUAGUCCUUGUUUGUUGAUGGUUGUUACACUGGACCACUGAUAAAAGAUUAUAUCUUUUUGCUUAUAGAAAUUCUUGCUCUUCUUUUUCGUUCUUUUUUAUGUAUCACUUUUUGUCCCAUAAUAUAGUCACUAGAAGUCUGCAUCAAAAUGAAAAGUAAUGUGCAUCAGUGCCAAACAGAUGUGGUGUAAGCAUUGAUAAUGCAUCAAAGUUUUAAAUAGAUUAUGGAAGAAAAAGCAUUAAAUGCGACAAAUUCACAAUUGGCAAAAGAGUAAAAAGAAACUGGAUAUCCUGGGUUUGCUGGCUGAUCUUUAUUUUAUCCUCUUCAUUUUUUCUUUGCAUUGUUCUCACGCUUUGUGUUGAACUAUGUAUGUUUCUGAGAAAGAAAAAGAAAGGAAGUAGUGAAAAGGAAGCAGUGGUUAUUCCUUGACCUAUGAAAGGAAGCAGUGAAAAGGAAGCAGUGGUUAUUCCUUGAUCUAUGAUUUGCCAAAACCUUGCUCAGAACCUUCUGCAAUCAACGUGUUUCCAUUAAGCAUCAGUGCAGACAAAGUGUUAAAUUCCUUUUUUUUUUUUGAAUGGUUACAAAGUGUUAAAUCCUUAUGGAAGGUCAGGCUUAGUUUUUCUUUUGAAUAAAGACGACUAUGUAUUUAGAAAGAUAUAAAAAGGUGCUACAUGUAAAAGUUGCAGUACAUAAAGUUUCAGUACAUAGUCUAUGACUAUGUAUGCAAAAUGAGGAAAAGCCAUCCCAAAACCAAAGGAAGCUUCUCAGCCUCGCAAAAUAACCGAGCAGCCUGAGAAGAAAAGACAAGAUGUGCCAGUGCCUUCACUUUUUUAGGGUUGUGGUGAGCGCAACCCGUAUAGCCAAAAUUAUCUGUUGUGCUGUUGGGCUCAUACUGAAUGUGGUGAAACAUGACAUUGAUCAAGGCACUUACUGCUAAAAUUUCUUCAAAAUCUGAAGCAGUCUCCAUUGGCAAAUACAGAUCCUGACAGCGCAGUUGAUCGUGUUUUUUGAAUGCCCUUUGGCAACUUUUGGGUUGCACGAGCUGGAAUUGAAUAAUUUGAGUCUCUGCAAAAGACUGAGAGCUUCGGUCAUAGAUGUUUGGCAGCACCUAUAGGCAUCUAGAAAGAUAAGAUCAAAGAAACCUUGUUAUCCUAAAAAUUCCUCCUACUCCUGCCAUUCCUUGGUUUCCAUAUCUGCACCCAUAAAGAUUGAGUUUUAUGGUGCCCUGUUCGUGGUUGUCAGAGUAACGACCUGGCAUUGAAGGCUCUACCAGAUCUGGCUAUUGUGUCCCAGUUUAGUAUGAAGUCCAAGGCCGUUUCGGCUUUGAAGAUUUUUUGUUGUCUCGCUCAUUCAAAUAAAGCUGUUUUAAUGUUCUCCUUGACAUUUUGAAUAGUUUUCUCUUUGCCUUUGAAGAUCCUUCUGUUACAUUCUAUCCAUACAUUCUGUAAUUGGGCAGGUAUUAAGGCCCUACAAAGGGUAAGGCCUGACUUUGGUAAGCGCAGUGAGAAGUGGGCUCUAAUAAACUGUUCAAUGGUUUCCCGCACCACCAUUCAACCCCAAACAAUUGUAAUAGUUGGCUGGCUGAAAUGUUUCCUGUCUGGCCUUUCUAGUGUUUAUUUCUUUUUUGUAAGUUCCGAAUUCUGCAUUUGUACUUCAUAGAUUUGGAUUCUUGUAUCAUAGUUGAUAUGGACAUGUCUCAUAUGGGAGCUUCUCUUUUGGUUUUGUUAUUAUUGUUAGUUUCAAUCUCACAACAGCGGAUACUUUCUUGUAGCCUUUCAUUUUAGAUGGUCAAAUAUUCAUUUCAAAAAUCUUGAAGAUCAAGGGGUCUCUUUCUUAAGGAGGGAUCUUAGCGGCAAAGAUGGAUUCUACGGUGUUAGAUGGUGCCCUUCAACAAGACUUGGAAGUGCUUUGAUGAAGAUGGAUAUAAAUAGAAAGAAAGAUUUCAACUCGCUUCCUGGGGUCCUUCAGCCUCGAAAAGUUGUAUCGGAUGUUCUGAGUAGGUGGUCUCAACUUUUCCUUCUAUAGGAUACAAGGAAAAUUUCUAUCAUGAAAUCAUUGUUGCAAAUACUUCCUGAAUUCAGGCGCGGCCUUGGAGGAAUCUCUCACUGUAGCUAUAUCAGAGGAGUGGCAAUGGGGUUUUCAUCUUCCAGACCCUCGACCCUAGGGUCCUUUGUGGAAGUUCAAUCUCCUGAAGAGGAAGUGAUAAUAGCAAUGGGGAGCAAUGUGGGGGAUAGAAUCCAAAACUUCAACAAAGCUUUGUCUCUAAUGAAAAAAUCAGGCAUUAAAAUAACCCGACAUGCUUGUUUAUACGAGACAGAGCCUGCUUAUGUGACAGACCAGCCUCUCUUCCUGAACUCUGCCAUUAGAGGCCUUACAAAGCUUGGGCCUCGUGACUUACUCCAUGCCCUCAAAACAAUCGAGAAGGACUUGGGCCGAACUGAGGGAAUUCGAUAUGGGCCCAGGCCAAUAGACCUUGAUAUAUUAUUUUAUGGCAAGAUUAGGGUUGAUUCUGAUAUUCUCAAGAUACCCCAUGAGCGAAUUUGGGAGAGGCCAUUUGUAGUGGCUCCUCUAACCGAUCUGCUAGGCUCGACAGAAUCCAAUGAAAUUGUCAAUAGUUGGCACUCUUUUUGUGUGGAAAAAGGUGGGAUUUUUGAGGCUUGGGAAAAGCUCGGAGGAGAAGGAUCAAUAGGGAGAGAGGGGGGGCCUCGAAGGGUCAUACCCAUUGGAAGAAAUUGCUUAUGGGAUUGGUCUAAGAAAACCCAAAUCAUGGGUGUUCUCAAUAUAACCCCAGAUAGCUUUAGUGACGGUGGGAAGUUCAUCUCUGCUAAAAAUGCAGUUUCCCAAGUUCAAAAAAUGGCCCUAGAUGGGGCUGACAUUAUUGAUAUAGGUCCACAGUCUACUCGCCCGAUGGCAUCUAAGGUGUCUCCAGAAGAAGAGCUAGAUAGACUUAUUCCUGUUAUAGAAGAAGUAACAAAGCUACCUGAAAUAGAAGGAAAGAUUUUAUCGGUGGACACAUUUUACUCUGAAGUGGCAAUGGAGGCAGUUAAAAAGGGGGUACAUAUUGUUAACGAUGUAUCAGGAGGUCAGUUAGACCCCAAAAUGCUCCCUUUAGUUGCGGAGCUUGGAGUCCCUUGUAUUUUGAUGCAUAUGAGAGGGGACCCGAUUACAAUGCAAAAUGACAGUAACACCUUUUACAACGAUGUAUGCAAAGAAGUGGCAGUUGAGUUGGGGUCGAGGGUAGAAGAGGCGGAGUCAUGUGGAAUACCCAUGUGGAGAAUUAUUGUGGAUCCCGGAAUUGGGUUCUCAAAGAGAGAUGAACAUAACAUGGAGAUUUUGAUGGGUUUAAAGGACUUCAGUAAAGAAUUGAGUUGUCAGAGUUUGGCUUCUUCUCGCGUUCCGUUGUUGGUUGGGCCUUCUCGGAAGGGCUUUUUGGGCAGGAUUUGUGAGCACAAGAAUGCUUUGGAGAGAGAAGCUGCUACCAUUGCUGCUGUAACGACUGGGAUCUUGGGUGGAGCUAAUAUCGUGAGGGUGCACAAUGUGCAAGAUAAUUUGGAUGCAGCUAAGGUUUGCGAUGCAUUUCUAAGGCUAAGGAAGCCUAAGGUGUCCUGAGUUUUGGUUAGCGCUUCUUUUUUUUUUUUUGGUAGAUUUUUACGUUGUUUUGGUUUUUAUUAGUUCGUGUUGUACUUGUAUUUACAAUAAGAUUUGUAUUUAGUGAUUCUCAAUUGAUUUAGUGUAUUAGUAA